AUGGUAGAUUUAGAGCAAGAAUUUACACUUGGUGGGCGGUGUUUGGCAUUCCAUGGUCCUCUUAUGUAUGAAGCAAAGAUCUUGAAGAUAUGGGAUCCAUCUUCGAAAACGUAUAUUAGCAUUCCUAAUGAUAAACCAGGUGUUAGUUCACAGAUAAGCAAAGAAACGCAGCCACAGAAACUGGGAGAGGAUGAAAGCAUUCCGGAAGAAAUUGUCAACGGCAAGUGUUUUUUUAUUCAUUACCAAGGUUGGAAGUCCAGCUGGGAUGAGUGGGUUGGGUAUGAUAGAAUACGGGCUUAUAACGAGGAGAAUGUUGCUAUGAAGAAAAGACUGACAAAUGAGGCAAAGGAGGCCAAGAAAUCACUGCUGGAACAACAGAAAAAAAAGAAGAUUUCAAAUAGUGUAGGAGGAUCUAACAAUGGUGGGAAAAGAAAGGGGGAUAGCCGUUCGAAUGCUAGUAUAAGUAAAAGUGCAUCUCAGAGUUCGUUAGUAUCUUCUGUGAGUGGGAAGAAAAGUGGGAGGAAUUCCGCCAGUUCCCUCCAUCCUGGUAGUUCUUUGCGUUCCUCCUCUGAUCAAAAUGGGCAUGAUGACCGCAGAAGGUCAUCCUCUCUGUCACCAAAUAUGCUGCACCUCAUACCCAGCUAUCCAACUCCUAAGAUAUCCCUGCAUAUUCCAAUAAAAUUGAAAAGCGUGCUGGUGGACGAUUGGGAAUAUGUAACGAAGGACAAGAAAAUCUGCCGGUUGCCUGCUGAUGUCACGGUAGAACAGGUACUAAACAAAUACGAGCAUGAACUGAGUCAAGAAUUAGAAUCUCCAGGAUCACAAUCACAAUUGAGCGAAUAUUGUGCGGGUCUCAAGUUGUAUUUUGACAAAUGUCUAGGUAAUAUGCUUUUAUAUAGAUUGGAGCGGCUGCAAUAUGACGAACUUUUAAAGAAGUCAGCCAAAGACCAAAAGCCACUAGUACCCAUUAAAGUCUAUGGGAGCAUUCAUCUGUUAAGGUUGAUAAGUGUCUUGCCAGAAUUGAUUUCUUCAACUACAAUGGAUAUACAGAGCUGCCAGCUUUUAAUCAAACAAACUGAAAAUUUUCUGGUUUGGCUGUUAAUGCAUAUGGACGAGUAUUUUAAUGACAAGGAUCCCAAUCAUAGUGACGACGCUCUAUACGUUAAUACGUCUAGCCAAUACGAAGGAGUGGCUUUAGGUAUGUGA